CUUGCACAGGUGUCUUCUGUCAUUUUCAUCUUUGUUUUGGUUUACAAAUCUCGCAACGACGAGACGACAGUUGGUGAGCAAAGGGAGCGAAACCGUUUGUGGCUGCUGGAGAAAAAAGUUUUUGUGCGUCGUGAAAGCGGAACAAGUUUUUAUUUUCGUCCAUUUUAAUCUUCUAUUUAGCCACAAGUUCUCGACGAAUUUGAUUCUAGGAUUUGUUAACAUCUACACAAAUUUUAGUUAGUGGAAUACCAUCCUUGAAUCGAUUUUACAUAAAUUUGAAGCAAGAAGUCAUCAAUCGCCAAGCAGAAAAAUAAAAAAAGAGAAAGUGGUUGGAAAAUGUCCUCACCGAUUAGUUCUGCAUCGGAAUACAACAGUGCUCUGGACGAUACAAUCAACUCGUCGCUUAGUCCGGAAAAGUUUUCAGAUUUUUCGCUGACUGAAUCAGAUAUUGAGAAUGUGAACAUUUCAAAGGAGUGGAACGAGUUGAUGAACCCUAACCAGCGGAAGAGUCAAGAUCCACGAACAUCUUCCCGCUUGUUGCUGGAUAGUUUGAAGAAUAACAAUCUGAACGAGGCGGAACAACCGCAAAAAAGCCCCUCAAAAUCGUUAAACAACGAAACACUGGACAGCACAAUGAGCACGAUUAGUCUGGACAUGAGUGGAGUUGGAUCCGCCCAGGGUAGCUCGACGCUUUCGUUUAUGUCCAGUUCGGAUGAGGCUUCCGCUUUGUUAAGUGACGAGGAGGCGAGUGUGACGAAUGGAAUCACAAGCACUUCUAGCGUAACCGCUCCAAAGCCGUCGCUGGUGAGUGGCACUGGGGGUGGAGAUGAUAGUCUGACUGCUAAGGAUUCGAAGGAUACUACGCAUAAUGUGUCACUACUGCCAGCGGAUGACGACCAGCCGACAGAACCAGGAAAUAGCCAGAGUCAGAAGGACGCCAUCAAAAUAUACAGCAGCAUCGAGGAAUUCGAUAAAAAUCUUCCGGAUACGGUUACGAUGCUUACCACGCCGUACGGUAGUAAAGUCUACCUCGUUGGCACGGCUCACUUCAGCGAAAACUCUCAGAACGACGUAUCUCUGGUGAUGCGCAACGUUCAACCAAACGUGGUCAUGCUCGAGUUAUGUCCGUCGCGGGUUCACAUCCUUAAGUACGACGAAAAGGCCCUUCUCGAAGAAGCAAAAGACAUCGAUCUAGCAAAGAUUCAGAGCAUCGUCAAAUCAAACGGCACCAUCAAUGGGCUGUUCUACAUUCUGCUUCUUAACAUGAGCGCCAAAAUCACCAAAAAACUGGGAAUGGCUCCCGGAGGUGAGUUUCGGCGAGCUGUGGACGAAGCCGUACGCAUUCCAAACUGUCUGGUUCAACUGGGCGACCGGCAGAUCAACAUCACGUUGCAGCGCGCUCUGCGGGGAUUAUCCCUUUGGCAAACAGUGAAGCUGAUUCCGAAGUUGCUGCUCAUGGACGACGAUAUUAGCGCAGAAGAGGUGGAACAAUGCAAGCAGAAAGAUCUUUUGGAGGAGAUCAUGCUCGAAAUGGCCGGAGAAUUUCCGGCGUUUGGCAGAGUUUUUGUCGAGGAACGAGACCUCUACCUUUGUCACUCCUUACAAGUGGCUGCGCUGCCGCAGGAACUACCCAAUGGUACCCAGCGACCGGUGAACGUGGUUGGGGUGGUAGGAAUCGGUCAUGCUGCAGGAAUUGUAAAACAUUGGGGUAAAGUCGAACGCUCUGCUAUUGAAUCUAUUGUCACCAUUCCGCCGGCCAGUUUUAGUCACAAGGCUGCCAAAUUCGUGCUCAAAUACGGUACACUGGGACUUUGCGCCUACGGAGUGUUCCGGUUCAUGCGACCACGGCUAAGCAAGUGGUUAUGAUCGGUUGUUUAUAUCCUAGUUCUCGAAGAUUUUUGAGAGCCUGUUCUGAUAAUAGGAGUCCACGGAUUUUUUUUUUAUCACAGUAUACCGCAUUGAAUACAAGGACAUUACACUAAGUCGGUUCAACAGUUUUUGUGAAACUCAUCGAAUUUUUAACAUCUGAAGCAUUCAAAGGUUUUCUCUAUUUUUUCAAUGUUCAAUUGAUAAAAGUCAACGAAAAUCUUUAAAAAAAAUUAGAUGAAAUCUCACCGAUUUCUGUGAAUUGAUUUAUGUGUGAAUUAUCAAUCUAAAGUAGGUAUUUCCAUGUCUCUUCCGAAAUUUAACUAGUGUACAGUGAUAAGGUACAUUCAUAAUAGCAUGGGACGGUUCCGAUAGUUCCAAUCGUAAAAAGUAAAAACCUAAAUCAAAAUAUUGUACGGUUUGAUCAAAUCGCAGUAUCAAUAGUAUAUUGUAAUUGACUUGUUUAAGUACUUAUUAAUAAAUAUAUUCAAAUAAUCAGGCACAA